AUGUGUUUGUGUGCAUGUGAGAGGUAUGUAAUAUGAGGCGGCUUGACGAAAGGACAGAAAGGGUGGGAGUUUCAUUCUGGGGUGCUAAAAUGGUCCUGCACUUCUUGGGAAACUAAAGCAGCGAUUGAGACACAUUCUCAAUUUUUUAUUUUCUGCCUAACUUUGUCUCUCUCUCUGUUUUGAGGGAUAUAAUUUUACAUACAUUGAAAGACAAUUGACAAGUCAAGACCUAUGGAUAAGUAACAGGGCAAGACCACUGAGGAGAAUCGGACAAUUGGAGGACUUUUAUCUAAACACUGGCUGCAUAUUAAUCCAGAGGAGGGGAGCUGUCACACAAUCAGCAUGCACCGGAAUGUGGCCCUUCAGUGUGUCGGGCUUUGGGUGAUUCUUAACUUAGUGGCCAGUCACCUGACUGAGGAUCAGAAAUCAACCAUCGUGAACAUGCACAACGAAUUCCGAUCGAAGGUUCAGCCCAGCGCUGCCUUCAUGCAGAAAGUGAUGUGGGACGAGGAACUGCGUUUGGUGGCGGAAGCAUACGCAUCUAAAUGUACCUUGUAUGCCAACCCUCAAAUUAAGGAGCUUUCUAUUGGAGAAAGUCUCUUUGCCAGCGAUAAACCAUUUAAUGCAACCGAAGCAAUGCUGGACUGGUUUGGAGAGCGUGUGGAUUAUGACUAUGAAAAUAAUGCCUGUCUUGAAAACCCAAUGUGUCCCCUUUACACUCAGAUGGUGUGGGCAAACAGCAAUAAAGUUGGCUGUGCUACUUAUUUAUGUGACACUGUUAAGGGUCUGGUUAACAAAAGUACCACUGUGCUUGUCUGCAAUUACUUCCCCCAAGGAAAUGUUAAGGGACAAAGACCAUAUGAGUCUGGAGAACCUUGCUCAAAGUGUCAAGAUAACUUAUCAGUGUGUGAGGAGAAUAUCUGUGUGGUUGAAAACAUGUUUUCAUCUGUGGAGCCGUUGUCUGAGGACCCAGAACAUUCGACUGUCUCACCUGAGGGUCCCCUCGCUACAGAGGAGCCCACCACUCUUCCUGAAGAACUCACAGAGGUGCACGGGAGAAUUAAUGACACAAGUUUGGAAAGAUCUAGAUCAGAGAUACAGAGCGCCUCUGCACCUCUGCUGCUGGUCGUAUGGCUGCUGGCAGCUCUUAUUUUGUAGAGUCCAUGCCUCGGCUGGUCUGUGCUGUUUUGGCAGCUUGCAGAGGACCAACAGCAUACUAGGCGGGUGGUCAUAAUGUUUUGGCUCAUCAGUGUGUGUGUGUGUGUGUGUGUGUGUGUGUAUAUAAAUAUAUAUAUAUAUAUACUGUAUAUGAUCCCUCUGCACCUGACAUUUAGAACACAAUGUUGUGACACACACUUAAACACGAAACAAUCAUACAAAGCUUCUUCAAUGUUUAUUCACUGUUUAAAGACAAAGUAUGUAUUUUCUGGAGCACUAUCGUCACCAAAUGGAAAAAAAGAGACUGUUUUCAAAAAGGUUUCCCGAACAUUUCCCCCAUAUACAGUUGGACAAAGUUAGUUUUGCCCCAAACUCACGCCAUUCAGCCAUAUUGUUAUGUCGAGCUGGUUGAGAGGCUCAAACAAAUGUUUAAAGAAUUACAUGUUUUGAUAGCAUCACAGAGCCACAGUAUUUGUGGAAGUCAACCUACAAAUGGUUUUAAAUACUGUAUAGUUGACUUUCCACAUUAAGCUAGAAUAGAAGUAUUUUAACAUUGAAAAAUGACACGCAUCACCUUUAAUAAGACUGCACUAAGUUUUUAGUUUGAGAUGACAAAAUGCCAAUAAGAAAAAUUAUUGUAUUAUAUUGAUUGUUUUGUAACUGCAUUUGCAUAAGUAGCAGAACAACACGUUUGACUUCUACAAGGGUUUUAAAAAGGCUUAAAAGACAAAUUAGAAAACAGAGGUUUAGGUCCGAUGACAAUGGAUAUUUUUCAUUAUUUUCAUGGCUUGAAUUGAUACUGUUUGUGUAGCAUUUGAUGCAUUUGAUGCUUAAAGAUUCAUCAUAUUAUAGUUUAUAACUGAAUUACUAUUACAUUUGUACGAAGCAAGAUCUAUGCAAUAACAUUUUUAUCAUGUUUACACUUAUGAUAGAUCACUGAUUGUUAAUAACAGUUAUUGAUCAUUUCUAUCAUUUUAUUUUCUAUAAAAGCAUCUUCUAAAUGAAUAAAUGUCCAUCAAUAAUCAUUCACAAAGAAUUUAAGGUGCUUCUGACAACGAUUUUGGAUUGUGAAUUCAUCAUGUAAUCACCACUAGAUGGCAGUAUGACUCAAUUCAACUGUUUAAGUUUUAAAUGGACUCAAUUGUAAGUGUGGAUUUUGUGUCUACAGAGUACAGACCCACAUGAAAUCAAAA